CAUUCGGUUGAAAUUAUCGCGCUUGUGCGGUUGUGCGAAGCGGACGAGUUGGAAAGACCAGCGGAGGUUCAAUUUUUUCUGUUCGGGCGCAUUGUUUGAGGCUCGUUUGGAGAACUGCACUGCAGGCGUUCAAAACUCGGAAUCGAAAUCGAAUACACAGUAGCCCCAGUAUCACAUCCAAAAUAAAUCCAAUUCAUAACGCUCGUGCGAGUCGAAAGUGAAAUUCGUCGCAGCAACAACGGUAAAUCAAAGGCAAACGCGAUUUUUGCUCAAUGAAUGGAAUAGCAAGCAAACACAAAUCCCGCUAAAUUAAUCAAAUUCAAUUGCAAGAAAUUAUAGUAACCGCUUAAAGUUUUCUUAUCCUAAUAAUUAGCAUCGCCAAGCACCGCAGAUGCUAAAGUGUUUAACAGUUUAACAAAUAACAAAAGUAACAGGAAAAUCGGUGAUUUGGUGUGCAAUAAGUUGAGAAAACCAGAAACCAAAACAGAGAUCCGGAGAUUAACGACGAAAGAAGAAAUCUUUAUGUUUGAUAAGAACAUUUAGUGAGAAACUAUUCAGCAGGCACUUAUGUAAUUUUAGUUGGCACCCAACAACCAAAACAAAUGCAAAUGUGCGCCCCAAAGACAUAUUACCCCGAAAGUUAUCAAUAAUUGUUUGCCGGAAGAGGAGAUACGACUCAAACAGUUAAGCACACCGGGCUCAGGGUUACUAUUCUUUGUGGAUACGUUUCUCUUUUGGAUAAAAUCGACAACACAGCGAAGUCGGCACAAUGUUGGAUCGAUGCGAAAUGCCGAUCCAGCUGGACAACGAGAAAUUGCGACGGGAUGUUCGGUUGUCGGGCUCUCGACUCGAUUUGCCACAACUGUGCAAUGGCUCGCGACGAUUGGAUGGCCACAACAACCAUGUGGCUGUCAAUGAGUCCGCGGUGACAACGACAUCCCUAAAUGGAAAUGGGAACAGCAAUGGCAACAGCAACAUCAACAACAACAUUGGAUCGCCCGUCUCCUCAUCGACAACAAACAGCAGUAAUGGCGGCGGCAACGAGCGCGGCUCCUCCACAAAAUCCAACAGCAGCAGUGGCAGCGGCAGCUCGGGCAACUCGGCCAGCAGCACAGGAAGUGCCGAGCUCAAAUGCAACACGCCCAUGACGCCAUCUGAACUGGUAAAGAAGUACCGCAAUUACCUAACCGAUCAGGAGUUCGAGGAGCUCAAGGUGUACAAGGAGGUCUGGUACUUUGGCCAGCACGCCAGCAAGAACUACAACAAACCCGCCCCCACAGCCAACACCACCAAUCUGGGCUAUGAUGAUGAUAAUGGCAACUACAAGAUCAUCGAACACGAUCACAUAGCCUUCCGUUACGAGAUCCUGGAGGUAAUUGGCAAAGGCAGCUUCGGCCAGGUUAUCAGGGCGCUGGAUCACAAGACCAACACACACGUGGCCAUCAAGAUCAUAAGGAACAAGAAGCGUUUCCUCAACCAGGCCGUCGUCGAGCUCAAUAUCCUCGAUGAGCUGCGCGAAAAGGAUGCGGAUGGAUCUCACAAUGUCAUACACAUGCUCGACUACACUUAUUUCCGCAAGCAUUUGUGCAUCACCUUUGAGCUGAUGAGCUUGAACCUGUACGAAUUGAUAAAGAAGAACAACUACAAUGGAUUCAGCAUGAGUCUCAUACGACGCUUCUGCAACUCGAUUGUGAAGUGCCUGCGUUUGCUCUACAAGGAAAACAUCAUUCACUGUGAUCUCAAGCCGGAGAACAUCUUGCUCAAACAGCGCGGUAGCAGCUCCAUAAAAGUCAUCGACUUUGGCAGCUCAUGCUACGUGGAUCGCAAAAUCUAUACCUACAUCCAAUCGAGGUUCUACCGCUCCCCGGAGGUGAUUCUCGGCCUGCAAUACGGCACCGCCAUCGAUAUGUGGAGCUUGGGCUGCAUUCUGGCCGAGCUGUACACGGGCUUCCCACUCUUCCCCGGCGAGAACGAGGUGGAGCAACUGGCCUGCAUCAUGGAGGUGCUGGGUCUGCCGCCCAAGGUGCUCAUCUCGGUGGCCAGGAGGCGUCGCCUGUUCUUCGAUUCCCGCGACGCGCCGCGCUGCAUAACCAACACCAAGGGACGCAAACGGACGCCGGGCAGCAAGUCGCUGGCUCAGAUUCUGCACUGCCAGGACCGCUACUUCAUCGACUUCCUGCAGCGCUGUUUGGAGUGGGAUCCCGCGGAGCGCAUGACGCCAGACGAGGCGGCCCACCACGAGUUUCUGCAGCCCUCCACCUCCAGUCGCCAUCGCAGCUGCCGCAUGUCGAGCAGCUCGUCCAGUUCCGGUCUGAACAGUGUGUCCCAGAAGUCUUCCUGCUACAGCUUUUCGGAGAUCUCGCCGGGCACCAACGGUGGCCCAGUGGUGGCCUCCAUAACCAGCACCACGGCGGUGCACAAUGCAGCGAUUGCCACCACCAACAAGUCGCGGGUACAGCCGCCGGUCCAGAGUCACGGCCAUGCCCAGUCCAAUGGACACCUGCCCGAUAUCAAGUUGAGUGCCAGCGACAAGUACAACAGCAUGCAGAAGGUGGCGGUGCGCUCGAAGAUCACGUCGAGCGUCUCGGAUCUGGAGUCCGUGCAGCAGUACUCGCUGCACCGCAUCUACGGAGGAGUCGGCAGUGGCAGCACCCAUCACGUUUCGUCGGCGGCCACCAGGAAGCAUAUAGGAGGCACCGGCAAUGGGAUUGUGGGCGCCAUGACCUCCAAGUAUGGCAGCUCGACGCUGGCGCACAACCAUCACAAUGUGACGCACCACAAUGCGUCGACGGCCACGAUUGCCACGACCACGCACCACCAUCACCACCACGGAGCGGGUGGCCAGCAGCAGCAGUCGUCGUCGGGCGGAUCCGCCACCAUGGCCAUGUCGCACUCACAGUCCACCGGCGAUGUCUCCGACAGGGCCAUCUUUGGACGGGCUUGACUCCGGGCAAGGCCGACCAAGCUGGAGCUGAAGAAGUGCAAGCUGGUCAACAUGAUGGACUUCUGGAGCUAGAAGUGGCGUCCACAGCACUGCGCUGAUGUCAAGGAGCGGGAGGAGGAGUAGUAGGCGAAGGAAUAGACCUCCUCGCACCUAGCUGUAGUUAUUAUAGGAAUUAGAGACGUGUGUGAAUUGUAUUUGAAUGCGAGCGCAUUGCUGUUGUACCAACCACUUGCUCCUGGAAAAUCCCCGCCCAGCUAAGAGGGAGUCCUUUCUUGCAGCACUUUGCAGUAUUCUCAGUUUCCCUGAACCCUAUUUUAUUUCGCUACUGCCAUAGCUAAAGGUAUUCACAAUCGUAUUCGUAUUCACCCCCUAUCAC